UUUACAAUGGAAGCUCAAGGCAAAACAAAUGGGGAGAGGCCUUCCAUGGGGAAAUCAAGGAAAGGUUGCAUGAGAGGGAAAGGGGGUCCUGAAAAUGCUAUGUGUAGAUAUAGGGGAGUGAGGCAAAGGACUUGGGGCAAAUGGGUGGCUGAGAUCCGUGAACCAAAUCGAGGCAGUAGGCUUUGGCUUGGAACUUUCAAUACAUCUUUUGAAGCUGCACUGGCUUAUGAUGCAGCAGCUAGGAAAUUGUAUGGUUCAUCAGCUAAACUCAACCUUCCCCAACCUCAUGAUGAUCAUCAAACCCCUUGUUUUACCUCUUUGCCUGGAAAUUUUGUUGCUUCAUGCAAAGAAACUGGAAUAACAAUGAGACAGCCUCUGGGGAAUGGUCUUUGUGUUGUGGAGUCACCACCAGGUUCUAGUGUGAGUUCUUCUCAAAGUAGUGAAGAGAGGCUGGUAAGAAGAGAAAUAAAUACCAAUGAGUUUAAGGGGUCAAGUCUAGGUGAUGAUGGGGAGGAAGUAUUUAAUUGGCCUGAGUUUUCAUUAGAGAAUGAUUUCUUGGAAAUGAGCGAUAUUGAUGUUUUGAUGGGUCAAGAGUUUAGGGAUAAUUGGAAUGGAAAUGAAAUUGCUGGAAUCCAGAACCAAUGGUUCUUUUAAGCUUUUACAGGUGUAAAACUUUUCACGCUUCCUUGCACAUUUUGAGGUCUUGAGAGAUCCAUAGGAUGAUGAAGUAAUGCAUAAUUUCAAGGGUCUGUUUCUUUUUCUUUUCUUAGUUCCUCGCUGCCAUUGAAGCAGCUUCUCUGUAUUUUUUUCUCUGCUUCAACAAUGGCACUUAAAACUUGCAGCUAACUGCAGUUUUUUUUUCUUUCCAAAUGGGAAGUUCGUUUAGAUUUUAUGUAGUUUCAAAGAACCUUGUACUGGCAUAGGCGUUAGGCCUAUUCAUGUUCUCAAGCCUUUUCAAAACAUGAAGUAGCAAUGUACCCUAAAUCAUUCAAACAUCAGUGAAGAAUUAAUGGUUCUGGCA